AAUAGCCCCGCCCCGACCGCGUGGCUGACAGCUCCGGCUUCCAAUAGGCACGUCCGUACUGGAGCUCAGACCAAUGGGAGUCCUGAAUACGCCCUGUGGUUGCGCUGUCCAAUCUGCGCACGGGCACCUCCCCUACCACCCUACAGUCAGUCACCAAUCGUCAGUGAGGGCCGGCCCAGGCACGCUCCGCCUCUGUCAAGACUAUUGAGACUUUGGAUUGGCCAGUCUGACUUUGACGUAACGAUGCUUCCUCUCUGAUUGGAGUAGCCUGCGCGGGGGCGCCUGGCGCUCAUUGGAAGAGGAGGCUGCAAGGCGGGACGGCGCGAACCUUGGAGCACGCGCCAGGGGUGUCCCUGCAGAGUGAAGCAGACCUGGGACGCUCACCUGGCCGCCACCACUGCCCCUCGUGCCUCCCUGGCGGUCGGAGUGGAGUUUGUGUCCCUGGAAGUUGUUCGUCUUUGUGGCCCCCGAAGAGAUGGAUUUGGAUCACUUGGAGCUGAACCCCAGAAUUGUCGCCGCGAUGAGGAAAGCCCGACUGCGGUCCUUGCGGGAGGUGCUGUGCGUCUCCGGCCCAGACCUGCAGAGGCUGACCGGCCUCUCGGGCCCAGACGUGCGGCACGUGCUGCGGACGGUCUCCUCCCACCUGCGGGGAAGCGGCGUCCUCACAGCACUGGACCUGCACCUGCAGAGGGACCGCUUCCCAGAGCAGCACCAGCGCCUGAGCCUGGGCUGCCCAGUGCUGGACAGGCUCCUGGGCGGCGGGCUGCCCCUGGACGGCAUCACCGAGCUGGCGGGCCGCAGCUCAGCGGGGAAGACCCAGCUGGCACUGCAGCUCUGCCUGGCUGUGCAGUUCCCGCGGCAGUAUGGAGGCCUGGAGGCUGGAGCCGUGUACAUCUGCACCGAAGACACGUUCCCCAACAAGCGGCUGCAGCAGCUGAUCACGCUGCAGCCGCGCCUGCGGACAGACGCCCCAGGGGACUUGGUGGACAAGCUGCCGUUCGGGGACCGCAUCUUCAUUGAGCACGCGGCCACGGUGGACACGCUGCUGGAAUGUGUGCGCAAGAAGCUGCCCGCACUGCUGUCGAGAGGCGCGGCCCGCCUGGUGGUCAUCGACUCUGUGGCAGCCCCGUUUCGCUGUGAGUUCGACGGGCCGGCCUCAGCACGCAGGGCCCGGGCGCUGCAGGCACUGGGAGCCACGCUGCGCAGGCUCAGCCAGGCCUCCCGGAGCCCGGUGCUCUGCAUCAACCAGGUGACAGAGGCCCUGGAGGAGGACGUGGCACCGGGACUGCUGGGGGCCCCGGGGCAGCGCCUGGCUCCCGCCCUGGGCAUCGCCUGGGCCAACCAGCUGCUCCUGAGACUGAUGGCUGACCGGCGACGCCCCGAGGAAGCUGGGCUGGGCCCACCCGCCCGCACCCUCAGGGUGGUCUUCGCCCCCCACCUGCCUCCCUCGUCCUGUUCCUACACCGUCAACCCGGAGGGCGUGCGUGGGACGCCCGGGACGCAGUCCGGCUGACGCCCAGGAAGCCCGUCUCGGCAGGGCUCCAGGGCUCCGGGGCCCAGUCAGUGUGGAGCCCUGGGUCGGGGUCUCUGUGAGGGUGCCGGCUCAGACACGCCCCCCACUGCCGUGCGGGCCCCACAGGUCACCCACUGUGUCUGGGAGCCCGGCACCCCAGGGAGCAGAGCCCUCUCCCUACGCACGCCUCUGGCCCAGCCCCCCCGCCCCCGCCACUGGCGCUGGUGUGUGGGAGGCUGGCCUGUCUGCUAAGAGGACCCGUUCUGGGCAGAUGAGACUGCUGUCCCGCCUGUCCGAGGCGCCUCCCCGGGCCUGGCCUGGGCGAUUGGCACAUCAGCCCCGGCCUGGCGGGGUGUCUACCCAGACAGGGACAUGGCAGGACGCCUGGCAGGAGCUUUUCUUCCGGAUGAGAACAGACCUCCCGUCAGCAUGGGCCCUGCUGCAACUGGCCCCCAGCUCGGUGGAUGCGGAGCCUCUGGUUGUAGGGACAGCAGGCCCCGUGCAGAGGACAGGCCUCUGCGUGUGUGUGCGUGUGAGCAGAGCCACCUGUCUUCACACCUGUCCCUCCCCACCCGACCCGGUCUGGACCUCCUGUGAUGUGAGGGGCGUCUCGGACAGACAAGCCAUCAGCACAGCAGUGGCCCCUGGACCCGUCCACCGGUGACCUGCUCUUGGCCCGUGGAGACGGGCCCUGCCCUCCCAGCCCCCAGAGCGAUGGAGGCACCAGAGAGCCGGGGACUUGGCUGCCCUCCUCCAACUGGGGCACGGCCGACCCUGGGCUGCUGCCAGCUCUGGGGGAGGGGCUGGACAUCUCUCAUUGGCCAGCAGCCUCCUGUUCGGACACUGUUCUGGGCAGGGUGACCCAUUUGUAAUACUUCCAAAGUGGCCUGUGACCCCAAAGAGGGGAGAAUGGCUGGUGUGAACUAGGAAGGGGCUGGAGCUUUACGGAGCCUUUCUGCAAAAGUACAGGGGACUCUGUGACAGGAAAUAGGACACUUUAUUUUUGUAAUUAAAUAUAAGCAAUUCCAAGUGCUUUCCUGAUCAAGUCAACAAAGACAACAAAACGCCUGCAGCUGCAAGACCAGACAUUCAACAGACCCAGUGCUCAGCCCCCGGCCCCUUGGGCCACCUGCCCGACUGCCCAUCCUGCCGAGGGUCAGUGCCACACCAUCACACUUGGGACACUCAGGACAGGGUGUGCGUGGACAUGUCACCUGGGUGCAGGGACGGCGCUGUCGGCCUCGUCGGUCAGGCUUGCCGGGCCCGUGUGACCCGCUCUGACCUGCACGUCCAGAGUGACCUGACACUUCACUGGAGGCGCUGUGUCGUUACGCGGUGCUCCAGGCAGCUCCUCGAGUCCAGAAAAGAGACACUGCACCCCUCCAAGACCGAAAGGACCACCGGCUAGGGAGCCUGCUGCCCGGGCGAGGGAAGACCCUCCACUGCCGGGAGUGCCCCCAGGGACUUGGACCAACAGCCUGGCUCCUGCAGGGUCCCCUCACCAGCAGAGGGAAGCACUGAGCAGGUGCAGACAGACCAGAAAGCAGAUCAGACCAGCCCUUCGGUUUCCAGACAAAUUCCACUCAAGCUGCCGACACCCACACAUCCCCUGAACAUGGAAGCUGCCACCGCUGGCUUCAGACCCCCUAGCCUCUCCCCCAAAACACUCGGCACAACCUGCAAAAGCACCACAUCCCCAAGAGGCCCUGUGCGGGGCCUUGCACGAUCAAGGUUGCCAGCCCCCGACUUCGGUUCUGCUCUGAGCCCCGUCCCCGAGGCAGUGGUCCCCAGCGAAAUGGCGGGUUUCACAGGCACUGAGCCAGCAUCGGAGAAGCAAACCCAGGCAGAGUGAAGGAGGCCCAGGGACGGACAGCUCCUGGCUGCCUCCUGACCACAGCGGGACAUGGCGCCAGGCAACGCUGCCACCUCGACGACCUUCAGGGAUGCGGCUCUCCGAGGGGUUCCCACUGCCCGGAGCUCUGCUGUAAUCUGGGAAGCCAGUCCUCACCCACCCAGACCCCCCAACCUAACUGGAGUCCAGAGCCAAAUAGCAGUGUGCCCAGGGAAGUGGGCUGCGGGGCCGGGUAGCCGCAGGGGCCGUGAACUGAGGCCAGCCCCGAGGGAGCAGAGUCACCCAGAAGCACCCGCGCCCCAGGGACACCCUUACACUAGAGAGAACUUCGACAGGAAGUUUCAGGGUCAGCCUCACUGUGACAAACCCCCAGGUCCACACUCGAGCUCUGGGCACCUCACAGUGAACCUAGGGAGUUCCCCCCCCCCCUGCUCAGUGCUGCCCGUGCGGAAACCCCGCGGGAUCAACGGGCUGGGCCUCUGCGGGGCCGCUGCCAGGUGCACUCCUCAGAAUAAACCUGCUUCCGCCAGCCGCCCUCACGAGGAUGCCAGCCUUUCAGAGCUUCAAGUGCAGGGUGGCCCCCCAAGCCUCGGGCAGGGACGUGCCUCUUGCAUACACCCGACGUCACGGGGAAUCGGUCAUUUAUUCGGCAUUUCCGGGGGCUCGCAGACCCGGAGCAGCAGCCCUCAGGGUAGAUCUGAGGACAUUCCUGCCAGGCCCGCCCUGUGCUGCACAGCCCGGGGGAAAGAGCUUUUCGGAAAUGAAGCGUGCGCCUCCACGGGCACCGUGUGGACGGGGGUCCGAGGUGGACAUUUGGGGCAGGGCAGUGGGCAGGCCCCACACAGGAGCUGGGUACGGUCCGAGGGUGGUUUAGGGUCCCAGGCUCCUGUCUACAGCCCGUCAGGCGUUGCGUUAGUGAUGCAGAGCCUAAGCCAGACGUCGGAGUCCUGCAGAAAGCGUGCGGGUCUGGGAGCAGCGGCUGAGUCCGCGCUGAAGCCGCUGCCAGGCCCCGUGGGCGCCCUGCGCCACCGCACCUCGGGGGUCGCACAGCUCUCAGUCACGGGGACCGGGCAGGGCCUCCCCUCCGGGCACAUGGGCAGGGGCCUGGCAGGGCAGGGCCCCGGGGCCCGUCUAGCUGGGCCUGGGCCCGCAGCGGGCCAAGUCUGUGUGGCUGGCACUCACAGCUCUCGAGUCCGCUAGACGGCUAUUUCGUUCCUGUGUGAGAAAACAGAUGGGAAAGGGCGUGACCGGCACACCCAGGGACACCGGCCUCAGGGCCUGCGACCACAGCGACAGCCCCACGUGCCCCACACUCAGGUGCAAAGACCAAGCCCCGGGCGGGCCAGGCUGUGCCCACUGCAGACCCCGAGCCAGCGCUGCCCCCGGCGGCGGUGGGGACGCCCUGCAGCUUCCACUGCAAGGCCUGGUGGACAGCACCCCUGGGCAGGCCUGCCAUUCGGUGCAUGUCAGUAUAUCAGAUGGACGGGGACAACUGGGGAAGUUUCACUCAGCAGGGGUCUGGGGGCUGGGCACAAGCGGCAGCUGCACCCCAGACAUUCCUGGGGUCGCUCGGCACCAGGCACUACGGGGCCUACUGUGCCCAACGGUCACUCCAGACAUUAACAAAAAUGACAGAAAAUAAAAAGGCCAUUUCCGAUGGCAAAUAGAUACUCGUGGUCUUUGGUGUGAAGGUGACACACUCAUGGGAGACAGGGACAAGGUGCUCAGGCCGUGGUGUCAGAGUGACAGCCUCCCAGUCCGUCAGUGGAGUUUAAACAGUUUAAACACUGAACACCAGCUUCACUAGACAGUAAUUAGUCGUAAGCUCGUUAGAGGCUGAAAUUACACAGAUUGACAAUACAGAUUGUUAAUAACUUGCCAAGUUUUGACACUUGUCAGAAUAUUUCCCUUCAAGUAGGUCAGUCAGAAGUUCUCAAGGUCACUGGUCGCUUCCCCUAGAACACAGACGCCGUCCACUUUCCCACAGUCCCCGGCCAAGUUGCGGCAGACUAAUGUCGCCGUGGUGCCCGACGGGAGCAUGCGAGGGCCGCGGGCCGGCACCGGUCGUGGGGGCGGGAGGGGCCAGGCUCCUUACUUGGAAACGGUCUCCGGCUGCCUUGCCGCCCACGUUUAGGACGUUCAGAGAGCUGGCACGUUUCAUGCUGCGACCAGGACAUGGACAUGCAAGGACAAACGUCAGCACACAGUCAGCCAGGAACAGGGACACAGCAAAGCCACCCUGGAGCCGAUGACCCUGCCUUCUCUCACCCGGCAGGGCCGCCCGCCCCCUGGCCCUCACCGCGGACACCCAGACCUGCGUGCAGAACCAGGAGACUGUCCCGAGACACCGCAGGUGCGUCCUGUGUUGUGCGGGCUCACUGCCCGACACCUGCUUCCACAGGGGCCAAGAGGCUCCGCAGCACCGAGUCCCUGGGUCCCCGGGUCGCCGGGGGGUUUCGGGAAGGGGCCUCAAGGACUCGUGUGGGACAUGUUAGCCUGAGUAAGCCUUGUAAAGACACACACUUGAAACUUGCUGAUGAGACCAAAUGUGUGAAUAUAUGUUCUGUAUUUGUGUACUUUUCUACAUUAAAAGUAGGAAAAACC